AUGGCCACGCCCUCCUCGUCCGCAACAACUCCCUCCCCAAGACCUCGCUAUCUCCAGUCUGCAGGGAGCGCGUCGUCCUCCGCCAUCGCGCCAAACGGAAUGCCGUCCGUCGAAGGCGUUGACAGAGACCACCUCGCCCAGAAGAUCACGGCCGGUGCUCAUCUCGGAGAGCUUGCCCUUAACCUGCGCGCUCGUCUGCUCUACGCCAACUUCAAGGUAAAGAGCAGCUCGACAGGCAACUCCUUUCAUGAGUUGGACAAUCAACACGCAGCCCCAGGCAAACAUACUCCAAGCACCAAGCGAACGGCAAACUUCUUCGGCGAGCCUGGGAGCCCCGGCGGCGGCGGAGCACAUGCCCCGCGCUCAGCCAAGAAGGGUUCAAUGGCUCCUCCUCCAUCGGUCACCGCGUCCGCCACGCAAAGCCUUUUCUCGUCGCUUUUGGCGCCACCACCCGCAAAGCGCGCUCGUACCAUUCACAAUCCCGAAGACCCUCCGGCCGCCGCCCCGGAGAAACCUGCUGAGCCCCACCGUACUCCUCAUCGAAGCAGCAAGGCCACGCGCACACCCGACACCCACAGCAAAUCGAAGUCGAGGAAAACCAAAGAGAAGGAGAAGGAGAAGGCUGGGCGUACGCCCGCUGGGAAGGGCAAGGGCAAGGGCAAACAGCGCGUCACGGCCGAGGGUAGCUUCGAAGAACGAGACAUCGACAUCGAGGCAGCGACGACUCUGACCACGAUUCUUCUGAAUCAGCAGCGCACCUCCGCGUCGACCACAGCGGGCUCUCCCAGGUCCAGCAUUUCUGCAGGAUCCGACCCGGGUUCUGUGCACUCAUUCGCGCAGUACGCUCAAAGUGCCGCCCGAACUGCCCCCGGAGGAAAGCCUGCGCGGACCGCGUCGCAACACUCGCUUUUCGGCAGAGCAACUCGUUCCACGGCCACGCCUCCACACUCUCCCGGCAUGUCGCAAGCGUCGCCCGCGCUAUCGCAUGCGAAGGCACGACGGCCGAGCGUAUCCCAUGGUAGCGGUCUACGCCCAGAAGGCGCCGGGACUCCGAAGAUGACACCCCGUGACCGUGUCGACGACACGGAUGCUGCCGAUAUGCUGCUUCUUAUGGCCACCUCUCCGUCCCCUGCCCGCCCGUCGGCAAGUCGAGACUCUGACGCAAGAGAUGCAGCCGCGUUCCGCGCCCUCCGUGGAGGAGGCUCGGGUCUCAAAGGUCGCGUCCUGUUCCUCACUGGAGAUGAGGGCAUCGGCAGCCCUCGAAUGCUUCAGAGGGACUAUAGCGGUAGCUUUGCCUCCGUCUCCAGUAUCGCCACGGAACCGGCGUCGCCACGUGCCCAACCGGCCUUGGUCGCAAGGCGCGACUCGAAUGCCCCCAAUGCCCCUUCGAGAUUAUCCAGCGUUCAUGAUGCGCCUCGUGCGCUUGCCACGGGCCAUUUGGAAGUACCUCUGCUACCUACAGUAACACCGCCGACUCCAACGGAUCCAGCCCCUUCGCAACUCUCACCCCCCGCAUUAUCCGCCUCUCAGCGGCCACACCAGCAUCUACAAUCCCCCUCUCGCGGUCCCCGGUACACGCUCCCCCCCUCGGUUCCUGAUCCGCACACCCCCAAUCCUGCUUUCAGUCUGAGCGAAUAUAUGCACGUGUCCCCGUCACCCGCCACCGCGAUGACAGGACUGUCGCUCCUCCCCUCUCAUGCUGGACGCAGACUGUUCGAGGACCACCAUGGCCACCCAUUGACUAUGCCGCCCCCUGAGGUCCCCUCUUCCCCCUCCCGCAUAGCUGGCCCUCGGACUUCACAGAGCUAA